AAAGAAAAGGUUUUGCCUGAACGAGACUAAAAUAUGGCUGAUGUGGACGAAGACGUGGUUUCUGCAGACGAAACUAUUUUGUACGACCUGUCUCUUCAGUCUGAAUGGUGUUUAGAAAAUGACAUUCUUACGAGAACUUCAAGAGAAAGGGACAAAGCAUCCAUUGUUGGAAGAGUCGCCUCGGCAACACAGAGAACUGCAUGGACGUUUCUACGAACGCUAGGUGUACCUCUGCAAACACCGACCCCGUGUCUUCUCCCCGAGAGUCUCGUCAAGCUGGUCUCCAGUCAGAUUAACUGGCACAUCGCUGUCAGCAGUGAAGGAAGUCUAGUUGCAGUUUUACAAGAGCAUUGUGUUGAUAUUAGAUCUCGUCGCGAUGGCUAUGAAUCUGUGUUUGGCCGCGGGUCGUUUCCACGCGACCCGUACCCACAGUGGCGAUGUGUGCGGUGGACGCCGGACAGCACCAUGGUGGCGUGUUCACGGAGCGGUGGCGCCGUAGACGUCUUCGAUAUUGUUGGGACUCUUCUCUUCACUAUACCCAGUACGAGCCCGGAGAACAUCGGCGCCCCACAAGACCUGAGUAGUGCUGUCGCCUCCCUCAUCUUCACUGACACCAAACCCACUGACCAGAAAUGGUCGUCAGAACUGCUGAUUGUGAACUACCACGGCAGUUUGCGGAGUUACUACGUGAAUCGAGACUCGGGCUUCAAACUGCACCACAGUUUCGUGUUCAACCAGGAAUACCCUCGCGGCGUUGGCUCCGUGGUCUACCACGCCAAACACAGACUGCUGCUGGUCGGGGGGUGUGGGCGGGCGGGGGACAGCGAAGGGUCGGUUCCGCUGGCCACAAGGGAGGGCAUCACGGCUUGGAGAAUCCUGUCUGAUUAUCCCCACUACAAACUGGUCACAGAAUAUGAUGAGGGCCUUCAGCAGCUGAAGAAGAGUCGGUCCAUCAUCAGUCGCCUCAGACUGCCCCAGCUGACUGGCUGGGCAACAACGAAUGUUGACGGUGUGUACAAGCUGUGUCUUUCCCCGAGUGGAGACGUGCUGGUGGCGUUACACCACAGUGGAAAACUGUCUCUGUGGGAAGUUCCGUCGCUAAGACAACGACAAGCCUGGAAACUCGAGGAUCAGCCUGCCUUUGAUGAUAUUUGUGAAAAAUUGGCUGAACAUCCACAGAAAAGAAAAAGACUGAAAGAUUUGAUUCCUCACAAGAAACUGCUUGAUGUUAACUUCUGGUCCAAUGAGGCUCUGAUCACGGCACGGUGCACGGGCGCCGUCACAGUGUCGUCAGUGAAUACACUGAAAAACCUGCUGGGAAACUCCCCCGAGUGGUUUGAACCGUCGCCCCGCGUCAGCGAGACGCACGAAGGAGGGUUCAUUGGGAUAGAGUGUGAAGUGCAGUUUCCCAAGAAGAAACUCGUCGCUAGCGGCGACAGCGAUGAUUACGAUGACAGCGAUGAUGAGGAGGGGUCGUGGGUUACUAAGACAACGCGAUACACCAAACAGGUGCUCUUCUACCUUACAGACAGUGACAAGUUCCAGCCGCCCAGAAAGAAACCAAAGCUCGUCACUCGACUGUAUCGACUAAUUUGGCUCAAAUCAACAACACCUGAAGAACUAUAUGCAAGAAAGAUUGAUGGGGAAGAGUAUGGGGAAGCGCUGGCCCUGGCCAAAGCAUACAAACUGGACUGUGAUCUCGUCUACCAGAGACAGUGGCGCAAGUCUCCGGUAUCCGUGGCUUCAAUACAGGAUUACCUGAGUAAGAUCAGCAAGCGGUCGUGGGUUCUCCACGAGUGUCUGGAGCGCGUGCCGGACAGUGUUGAUGCCAUGAGGGAGCUGCUGGAGUACGCUCUGCGUGGGACAGACCUCCCAGCUCUCAUCCUCAUCGGCAAGUGGGAGGACGGCGGAAGGUUUAUACUGUCGGACCCCGAGGAGGGGUUGUACGAAGAUAUGGAUUUUGACGAGUUUAAUCCCGAGUCUCUCAGACAAAAGGAGGAAUUAAAACAGCAGAGGAUCCAGGAACUGCUGGAACAAGUGAACUUCAAGGAGUUGAAUUUGGAACAGAAAGAAUUGUGCCGUGCUCGACUCAAACUUCUACAAUACCUGGACAGACUGAAAACCUACGAGUAUAUUCUAGGGGGAGCUACUGAAGCUGCAGAGAGAUUUGAUGCGAAGUUCUUCAAAAAUUUCCGCGCCCAGAAUAUUGUCGAAACAGCCUUAGAGUAUGCUCAGAUGUCUGAUGUUAUUGCCUUGGAUGCUCUUUUCACCUAUCACGGGAAAAACACACUGCCGCACAGGUUGGCAAUAUUAUCUCACUUCCCUGAAACAACCUCCCCCGUGGAAUACAAAUGCCUUCUUCCCGAAGUUGGAACUGACAACACAGUGGUGAUUUGGGAAGAGUAUUCGUGGCGAGACCCUGACUGGUGUGAAGAAGAUUUCUGCAGGUCGGCAGUAGAUCCCAACCCAGAAGACCUUGGGGCCUUUCUUUAUGAAGCGGAAACAGAACUGGAAAAAUUCAGGUCCACCCACCUGAGUUCAUCUCUGCUGACCGACUGGUUCGUGUACCGAGCCUGUGAGAUAGAACGGUUGUCGAGGAUGGUGGACAAUGCGAUGGAGCUUGUCAAGAUGGGCAUCCAGAGAGGGGUCGAGGGACUGAUGGAUCUGCUAGAUGAUUUCCUCACCAUGGAGAUGCUGGUGUACGAGUGCAACGUUGACGACAGUUUGACAUUCACUGACCUCCAGCAAAUGGCCGACUAUGACAAGCUUGAUCUCAUUAUGUCAAAGUCGUCCCGUGAGAUGUAUCACAAGAAUUUACGCCGGUGGCUGGUUCCGUUUCUGAAGCUGUGCAACAGGCGAGUGAAAGGAUCGUACGACUCACUGCUGCACGACUACAUUGUUACGCUGGCCAGGAGUGACCUCACACUCAUUGCCAAGAUCUUCGACUCAUCAAAGGCUACGGUGAGUCAGCCCAUCGUAACGAGUUCUUGGCAGCUGAUGACCUGGGCCAUGGAAGCUAUCUACACGUGUGAACGUGAUGAUCAACUGGAUCUGGCCUAUGACAUCAUCAGGUGUUUGCCCCAAGCAAAUCACAGCAAAGACAGUCCUGAGAUGAGGAGACUCCACAGAGAGGUGGACAAGUUGGAAAAUCACCUCAGCGCUGCGAAGAUUCUUCAGACUCAUGAUAUUAAGAAACCAGUGUCGUAUGUUAGAGACACGGAGAAUGAUGCUGAUGAAGCAAAAAAUCUCUUCAUUAAACUGACACGGCUGGCUGGCAGAAAAACACCGUCCCUCACGGAAUCUCAGUGGCACAAGCUCCAUGCCGACGUCCUUGAACUUCAGAACAAAGUCUACAGAUGUAUACCAGCUUCGGUCUGCCACGAGAUUUUCGUCCAGAGUCUUCUGUGUUCGAGCCGCGUUGAGAACAUCCGCCUGGCGGGUGAGAUGAUGGAGCGGAGUGCCAGUGAGGCGAAUCCGGUCCACGGUCCAGCGACUCCGACGCGCGUUGAGUACGAGAGGGCAGUGCAGCUCGUGCUGUCAUCAGCCCAGGAGUACUUCAACUCAUCGGCUGACCUCAUGGACUCCUGCAUGGACCUCGCUAGAUCGUGCCUGCAUCUGAUUCUGGACACGCCUCCAGCUAUUCAAGAUGAACUUGACCUGAUUGCCUCCCUUGCCUUGUUGGACGACUUCGGAGUUUCUGUUCUUCCUCUUCAAGUGCGACUGAACAAGGAGCGGGUCAGCUUGGUCCGGGAGGCUGUGAGUAACCGCCCUGUUGCCUACAAGCAGAUGCAGAAGCUUCUUCGUCUUGGUCAUCUGUUGAAGAUUAGUGGUGAGACCGAGGCUGAGAGAGAUGGAAACGUUUUGUCGAUACUGGCAGAAGCGGCCAUCAAGGCGAAGGACUACCAGUUUGCCACUGACUGCUGUCACAGACUGAUGGACACCAGUUUCGGCCCUGCCUGGUCUGUGUGCAUUGACUUGGCAGCAGAGGAAGACUUCGACAAUAUUUCAGCCAAGGUUGACUUGUUUUUGUUUGCUAUGACGUACUGCAGUCCUGACAUGAUUGAACCAAUUCUGCAGGCCAAGUGUCAACUAGAAACCAGGAUGCUGUAUGAAGACCUAACCGUCACCAUCGGCAUGGACAAACAUGAAGAUGAUUUGGGUAAUUCACCAGAAUCGAGUCCCUUCACUGCCAAAGCUGCCAUCAUGCAGACACGACAGAUCCUGUCCUCGACGACGAAGACAACGAGAGCCAUGUUGUCCACGGUUACAGACCGAGGCUGGUGGCAGGGUGCCAUUCACGCCAUGAAAAAGCCGACUCAGCGGUCUGUGUCGGUGGAGGAACACGAUGAUAAGAACUGCAAGUUCAACAGACAGGGAUGUCACCCGUUCUAUGACGGGAUCAUUGACGAUUGUUACUCCAACAUAAGUGCGGUGAACUACAGAACUGGUGAGAAAGGGAGCGAGAUGGAGACACAGAUCAGUGAAAACAUGCUGAGAACGGCUAAACUGGAGGAGAUGUUGACUGAGGGGGAGUUGGCUCAGCCUGCUUCAGAAGUUUUGUUAGAAUUGGCAAAAUCAACAAUAGCAAGGGACAGCACUCUUGGUCUAGCUUAUCUUCUGGCGUUACCUCAGUCUACUGAGGCUGAGAAAUGUUUUGAGGAGUUUCCGAGUACGGACAUUUCGUUACAGCUGGCUCUGUAUUACUACGCCCUGCAGAUCUACUCGAGCCUGAAGCCGAGUUCCCGUCCCGCGCCCUACGUCCUGUACACCCAGCCGCCCGCGAAGAUCAUCAAGCGAGUGGUCGACCACGUGACCACCAGACAGAACAUCACCUGGCCGGGCGAGGUGCUCGAUCUCAUUCCCAAGCUGAAGUCGUACCAGGAGAUGCUGGCUGACUACAAUCAGGCCAAGUCGCUCCAGGUUCUCAGAAGAGGAAUUGAUGUCAUCCGGUUUACGGAAGACCAUGAAUACCGACAAGAAACAAUUCUUGGCUUGGCUAUGAGUCUUGAUGACGAGUGUUACAGUCUGGCUGUGUCUCUGGCUGAUCGAUACAGCAUGUCUCUCUGGGACGUCUACAUGACACAUCUCGAGUUCCUCUUCACAGACAGCGGGUUGUCAACAGAGGAAGUUGAAGAAAGAGUAAAAAGUCGGAACAUUCUUCCCGAACUGGUUAAGAAACCUGCCGACUUCUGUUCCCGACUCUACAAAUACGUCUUCCCGACCAUCGACGGAACGGAUCACCCACGAUUCCUCUACUUCUUCUCUCUCCUCAGCGGGUUAGAGUCUGACGUUAUUCAUGGAUUAGUACCAUCGGAUCACGUCAAGUUACUCAAGAAAUUAAAGUCAGUAACACCAGGUUUGGAUUAUCAGCUGUUAAUAGAUGAGACGCAUUCUCCUGUGGAUGUCUUGCAACCCUUCAUCACCGGCGGCAAUGUGAAUGUGCUCGCUAAACUUGCUAACAAGAUACCAGAUGGGAAUGGAGGCUUCCUACAGGCCAGUACGGUGUAUGCCAGCUGGGCAGUCAAAUACUUCUGGGAAGGAGAUCAGUCCACGAAGAAACCUGAGUCAAACGCUACGUGGAUUCAUCGCUAUGAGAGUUGUCGAGAUCUUUUACUCAAACUGCUUCCUGAAGACUUUCUGAGGUGUACCGGCGCCAUUCUCUUCACAGAACAAGCCAGGACAAAGUUAGAGGUUUACUGUCGACAAGAGAUAGCGAAAAGGGCUUUGAAGUUUUCACGUCAACAAGCCAGUGACAAAAAGAAAAAACAAGAGAAAACUGGGAAUGUGAGCUGGGACGAUGUGUGUGAGACUCUACAGAGACAGGCGAAUCACCUGAAGACACUAGACAAUGACGUCAUCAAAUCGUUCUGCGUCGCUCAAGACGGACCCUUCAAAACAUACGUCACACUCUAUGAUCUUAGCGCUGGAGAUGAGCAUCAGCUGAAGAAUCUGCUGAUCCGGAUGGUGCUGGACGGUCAGUCGGUGGAGCUGGUUGACGACAUGCUACAGGUGGCGCCACUCGGGUUCUGGUCAGCACGCACCGUCGUGCAGGAAGCGGUUAAACUAGUCGCAGAGAAACUCAGAGACCCAUCGACAGAGAAUGCGUUGAUAUCGGAGUUUGAUGCGUUACCCACCCUGGAGUUGAUCGUUCACAACGUACAAGAGCACGAACAGAACAAAGGUGAUUUGGUGAGAUCAGAAGAUGUCACGUCGCUUUUGAGACCAUUCUGUUCUGACGGAUCUGUUGCCGUGCAACCAAGACUUGAUGUUUUACAUAUCCUAGAAAAGAGCCUUGUUCUGUCAGAUGAAGAUCGUGUUCUGUUGUCUUUCUACCGAACUGACGCCCUUGUGUCUUCAGCAUGGCAUGACAUCAAGAUUUCCGAAAGUGAUUUGUUAUCAGCCGACAGCAGACAGAAAUUGUAUGAAACACUGUUAUCGUCAUGCUCAAGCGUCGACCACUUCUGGGCGUUGUGUCAAGUACUGAACAUGUGGCCUCAACAUCGGACAGAGGAAACGAAGCCAUCAGAACAUCCCUGGGUGCGACUGUUUGUCGCUAUAGUGAAGACGAAUGAUGCUCAGAUGGUAAAACUAGUCAACAGAACAGUACAGGAGAUAUGGGACACGAGUUUGCUCAUUGAACAGCACACACGCCACGUGUUUGAUGAGUUGUUGACACAUGACUUCAUGAUCAAGGGAGUGCAGUUUAUUCUGACUGUUUAUUUCAGCACACACGCCACGUGUUUGAUGAGUUGUUGACACAUGACUUCAUGAUCAAGGGAGUGCAGUUUAUUCUGACUGUUUAUUUCAGCACACACGCCACGUGUUUGAUGAGUUGUUGACACAUGACUUCAUGAUCAAGGGAGUGCGGUUUAUUCUGACUGUUUAUUUCAGCACAGACGCCACGUGUUUGAUGAGUUGUUGACACAUGACUUCAUGAUCAAGGGAGUGCAGUUUAUUCUGACUGUUUAUUUCAGCACACAUGCCACGUGUUUGAUGAGUUGUUGACACAUGACUUCAUGAUCAAGGGAGUGCGGUUUAUUCUGACUGUUUAUUUCAGCACAGACGCCACGUGUUUGAUGAGUUGUUGACACAUGACUUCAUGAUCAAGGGAGUGCAGUUUAUUCUGACUGUUUAUUUCAGCACACACGCCACGUGUUUGAUGAGUUGUUGACACAUGACUUCAUGAUCAAGGGAGUGCAGUUUAUUCUGACUAUGUUUAUUUCAGCACACAUGCCACGUGUUUGAUGAGUUGUUGACACAUGACUUCAUGAUCAAGGGAAUGCUGUUUAUUCUGACUAUGUUUAUUUCAGCACACACACCACGUGUUUGAUGAGUUGUUGACACAUGACUUCAUGAUCAAGGGAGUGGAGUUUAUUCUGACUGUUUAUUUCAGCACACACGCCACAUGUUUGAUGAGUUGUUGACACAUGACUUCAUGAUCUAGGGAGUGCAGUUUAUUCUGACUGUUUAUU